UCUGCUCUCUAGUUACAGUAUGGCGGCUUGGACUUGCGGAGGAGGACAACUUCUUCUAGAUUCCUUCCAGAAAACUGUAGGAAGGCGACGGCUUUAACUCAUAACCGCCUCGGCAAACGCCGGCUGGACUGAGACAGACGACGGCAGCGCAACUUGUGGCUUUACGGAGGUUUUUUCCUGGAAGAUAAUCGGGCUGGUGUGAUGCGUGAGGACCCGCAGUCAAGAAACUCCCCUGAUUUUUCCGCGUCUGACUGUCAGUUAGCCCGGCUAGCUGCUCGGUAGCUCACCACCUCCAUGCUAACGUUCGCUUGCAGGGCUCCGUUGUAGCCAAAAGGCGGGCUAGCUUGCUGCUUUUAUUUGCUCCAGGAGACAGGGAUGGCACUUCGCCUCCACCCGGUAAGCGAACUGGUUGAGUGGGGUGGGGAGAAAACAUUUCAGGACCUGGUUGAUAAGUUUGUCAGCACUCAUUAGCCUAGCCUAGCCUAGCUUUGCUGGUACAACGCCAGAAAACGUUGGCCGAGAGUUAGCGCUCUGCCUGUCCACUAGCGAGCUAGCCAAUUAGCAUUUUAGUUGCACAAGAAGACCUGCUAAUCCCCGGUUCAUCCCGGCUGAGUGUUUUGAAGCCUCUGCACUAACUAUUUAGACCAAUAGCGGAGACUGAACUGCAUUAGUUGACCUAAUUGACCGUUAAUGUUUAAUAACUCAGGGGUGUUUUGGCGUUCAGUCUUGCUAGGUGUCGUUAGCGACCUUUAUAGGUGUUCUGUGGAGGGAGUGGUAACGUUAGGUAGCUAGCUAAGCUUCCCUGUAUCAGGGCAACAGUGUCACUUAGAUUAUGACUGUAAGUGGUGAAUAUAUUUCAGAUGACAAAUGUACUUAACGCCAAACGUGCGUGAAUCGACUGGCGUGUUGCACAUUGGGGUGUGUGCCCCUUGUUAGCUCGCUGCAAGACAAGACUUACACUGCUAGAAAGCGCGCAAUAAUAUUAUUAAUUGACCCUGUACACAUUCGAUAGGUUGUUUCCUGGAUUGGUCACUCAUUCAAUCAGUGGUCACAAGUACUGGUGUGAGCUGUUGCUAUCUUGGGAGGACUAACCAUCCAGUCUGUGGUGCCUGACUGGCUUCCCUCGCCUGCUUCAGUGCUGGAAUAGUUUGAUGGACGUGGGAGGCUGUUUUCCAGGCUGUCAGUGCUAUACUCAGUCAUGUAUGUCUUGACACAUGGCACCCUGGUCUGUACAUAGUGCCUGCUGUCACAUAAGAAUCGUUAUGUAGCUUUGGUGGACAGUCAGUGAGGGGAAUGUCUUGUCUUUUUUCUACCUGUUGGUUUGUUUUUUAUUUUCGUUUGUUCCAAACACAGGAGAGUCUUGUUGAUUCGAAGUGGGAAAGCGGUGCAGCCUGGGCUGUGCACAGUGGACAAUGUUUAUUAGUUAGUGCCUAGGAACUCAGAGGACUAACAGUUCUGCCUACAUAUAGGCCACAGAUAUUGUAGAUUAUUCAUUGGGGAUUCCAACAGAACUGCCACUCUGGAUCAAGAAAACCUGUCCCUCGUGUCUGGUUGGAGUAACACUCUUAAGCCAAAAUCAAUGCCUUCAGCGCUGGCUGUGUUCGCCUGCCGACCCAACUCACACCCAUUCCAGGAGCGGCAUGUGUACCUGGAUGAGCCAGUCAAGAUCGGCAGGUCGGUGGCUCGGUGUCGGCCGGCCCAGAACAAUGCCACCUUUGACUGCAAGGUGCUGUCCAGAAAUCAUGCCUUGGUUUGGUUCGACCACAAGACUGGCAAGUUCUACCUGCAGGACACUAAAAGCAGCAACGGGACGUUCAUCAACAGCCAGAGGUUGAGUCGUGGCUCGGAGGAGAGUCCGCCCUGUGAGGUGCUCUCCGGCGACAUCAUUCAGUUUGGCGUCGACGUUACUGAGAACACACGCAAAGUCACCCAUGGCUGCAUUGUGUCAACAAUCAAACUCUUCCUACCUGAUGGGAUGGAGGCACGCCGACGAAGCGAUGUCAUCCAGGCUCCGUUACCACUACCUGUAGACAAGGUUGCAGCCAACACUCCCAGUAUGUAUUCUCAGGAACUGUUCCAGCUCUCCCAGUAUCUACAGGAGGCCUUACACAGAGAGCAGAUGUUGGAGCAGAAGCUAGCCACUCUGCAGCGUCUGUUAGCCAACACUCAGGAGGCCUCAGAGAGCAGCUGGCAGGCUCUGAUCGAUGAAGACCGUCUUCUCUCCAGACUGGAGGUGAUGGGCAGUCAGCUACAGGCUUACUCUAAGUCCCAGACGGAGGAAGGGAUCCGUAAGGAGCUCUUGGCUCUUCAGGAGGACAAACACAACUAUGAGACGACGGCUAAGGAGUCUCUGAGGAGAGUCCUCCAGGAGAAGAUCGAGGUGGUCAGGAAGCUGUCAGAGGUGGAGCGGUCACUCAGUAACACGGAGGAUGAGUGCACCCACCUGAAGGAGAUGUCUGAGAGGGGCCAGGAGGAGCUAAGGGAGCUUGCCAACAAGUACAACGCUGCCGUCAAUGAGAUCAAAGAGCUCACUGACAAAAUUAAGGCGGCAGAGGGCCGGCAGGAGGAGCUGACUCAGCGGGGAGCGACAGAAAAGAGGGAGUUGGAGCUGCGGAUUGAGGAGAUGGAGGAGAAGGAGCAGGUUCUCCAGGCUCGCAUCGAAGCUCUGCAGGCCGACAACGACUUCACCAAUGAGAGGCUCGCAGCCCUGCAGGUGCGGUUAGAACAGCUACAAGAGAAAAGCAUUAAAGAAAACAACAGCCUGGAUGUCGACAUUGUCUCCCACGGACCAGUAGAGGAGCCUGUCGAGGACAAAAAGAGCCUGCAGACACCCGAGAGCCAGGAUGAAGACGAGGAUGAGGAGGAUACAGACACAGAUGAUGGUGCAUUUGGUGAAGAUGAAGAUAAUGAUGACAACUGUCAUGUUAACAACAGCGGAGGAGACUCGACUAGAAUCCAACAGUUGAUUGAGUGUCCGCCGGUCAAACAGCUGAAGGAGACUGUAAGUUCUUCAAUUCACAAACUGGCCAACUUUGAUGAAGUGAUGGACGCCCACCUACAGAACAACCAGACGGCAGAAGACGACAUCCUGGCCAGCCCAGAUCGACUCAAAGGGAAUCAGAUGGAUGCCAAAGAGUCCGACAUGUCAGACACUCUGAGUCCCAGCAAAGACCGCAGCAGUGACGACACGUCAGACGGCAACAUGGACGACCAGGAGCUCAAUGAACCACAGAACAGAGUAGCUCUGCUCAAAGCUGAGUUGCAUCGGGCUGGUCUAGAGCCUGGAGACACGGAGCAGGUCAUCCACCACCUCCACAGAGAGCUCCUAGACGCCCAGGAAUUAGCCAAUACUGGCAAACAGAGGUGUCUGGAGCUACAAGCUCUGCUGGAGGAGGAGAGGAGGAGUAACUCUCAGCAAACUGAAGAGUCGACCAAACAGAUCCAGUACCUGCAGACUCAGCUUGGGAAGCUGCAGGCCGACAUGGAGGCACUGAGGGAGCAGAGGGAGAGCACCAUCUGCACCACCAGAGAGGAACUCUGCUCCGCCCAGGAGGAGAUUCUUGUCCUGCGGCACGCCAUGGAGGCAGCCACGGCGGAGCGGGAGCGCGAGAUUGCCGCCCUGCAGGCUGACCUCAGCAGCGUGCGAUCAGAGCUGGACCACUGGAGGGAAACGGCCGCCAAGUACGAGGGGGAGAUCAGCCGGCUGCAGGAGGCCUUCACACAGCAGCAACAGCAGCAGAGCACUGCCAGCCAGCUGCAGGUGGAGUGUGCUACGUUGCAGCAGCGGUGUGUGUGUUUGCAGCAGGACUGUGACGGCCUGAGAGGUGAACGGAAAGCUCUUACAGAGAAACUGCACCGCCUGGAGACUGAGCUUAGCAGCACCAGGGAGCAGAGUCAGGUCCUCAGCAGCAGUCUGGAGUCUCUGGAGAAGAGGGAGGAGGUUCUGCAGGACAAACUGGGUUCUCUGGAGAAUCAACACCUGCAGGACGCAAGCAAGCUGACGAGCCAGCUGGACCAGGCCAAGGCCCACACACACACACUGCAGAGAGAGUAUGAAGACACACAGUCCCAGCUGUUGGACCUCCGUCAGCGCUAUGAGAGAACAGAGAAGGAGAAGCUGAAUAUCCACCAGGAGCUGGAGCAGUGCAGAAACAGCCUGAAGCUGCUGCAGGACAAGACCAGCUCUCCAUCCAUACUGCAGCCUGUCCAAGCCAUAUUCAUUGGCCUUGUCCUGGCUCUGCUGUACUGGUGUUUCGGCCAGUUGUGGUAGAAAGAGCGGCUGGAGCCCCUGGAUGCCGGUCAUCGCAGUGAUGGUCGCCGUGACGGCAGCCGUCCUCUACCCGAACCUCUCCAAGAGCAGCUCCACCUAGGACACACACACACACACACACACAGACACACACGCGCACACAGAGCGCUGUGAGGAGAGCAUCACUGCUUUACUUGUAUAAAGUCUAAUUGUACAUAAUUGUAGAGGGAAUAUAAAGGUUGUGGUUUCUACAGAGGAUUCAGAAGCUUCUCGGUUUAUUUUGUUUUUGUGUUGUUUUAUUUUCUGCGGCGGGAAGUUUUGUUGUUGUUUUUAUUCUCGGCUCUCUCUCAGCUGUGGUGGGGGCUCUUUUGGUUUUCGUCUCUCUGCUGAUUUCUGGGUUAAAGAAGCGUUCUCCAGCAGGCCGAGCUUCCACACAAAACACCUGCCAGAGGUGACGUUCACACCCGUCCCAUCGUACGAACGGGAUCAAGGCGAAAGCAACACUUUCCAGCAGUCUGGGAAACAUGAUCUGUAAUCUGCAGGUCUGCAUUUGCUGACGGAUCUGCACACCUUGUAAUAGAUUUCAUUGGCUAUUGGAGUCUGUGAGCAGGUGUGUUCACCUGUAGCUCCGUCAGAACUGGUUUUUCAGCUGGUUGGACUGGGCUGCAGCGCUCCUUCAACCCUGAGGGUAGCUCUCAGACUGGACUGACACAUUUUGAUUUUCAGUGUCUUUUCUUUAAAUUGUCUCCAUAUUUAGCUUUAACUUUAAAUUCUCUAAACCAGCUCAGUGCCUCAUCUGCCUCCUAUAAAUGUCUCUGUGACAUCAUCAGUGUGAGUCAUGUGUGUCGCUUUUUUAGAGCAAUUCAUGUGUGUAUGAUUACUUGUUGAUUUUAGCUGCAGAUAUUUGGUGCCAUUGUGCUCUUUAUCUUUGAAUUUGGCCAUCUUUUGUUCUUGAAACAUACAGUAUUCUCAAACAUACAGUAUUCUCUUUUUUGUCUUGUCAGAGCAGAUGAUUAAUCAAAAUAACAAAUUACCAAUUCGACAAACAGAUUGUAAUUUAAUUAAAUGCUAAUUUGUUUGGUAAAAUGUGCCACUAGGGCUUGGUAAAAGCUCUAAUGUUUUUUUACAUAUCACCUUCAGAAUAGGCUCUGUUUCAUGAUGUGUUCACACCGAAUGCAGAGUGAAUGUUUGGGUCACGUCACUCACAUGAAGGGUUUUUUGGAGUAUUUAGCAACUGGGGAGUUCGUCCUGAACAGCUAUGCUAACGGUUGUGCUAACUGUCACGUUACGUUACUGCCUCACUCUUUCCAUUGUUGCCUUUAAAUUAAAGAUCAACUUAAAUUACUUAAAUCAUUUUGCUAGGGAGCACCCAGAGAUGUAUAAUAAUAACAAGAUACCAGACACCAAGAUGGCGCCUAUUCAGGAACUGCUUGCCUUGUGCAUAUGUCAAAAAAGCCCCAAGCUUUUGGGUUUACUUCUUUGGUAUGCAGCCCACUGUCCCUCGUGGACAUGGGUGGAUGAUGCCAUUUUCAACACGCAGCCCCUCACAGACACGAGGACACGUAAACUAUGAAUUGGCCCUUAGAGAGUUCGGGUGACGAGCUCAGACAUCUGCAGGGAGCUCAUAGUAGAGCUGCUGCUUCUUCAUAUGAAACAGGGCCAGUUGAAGCGGUUUGUGUGCCUCCCAUUAGAGGUUGUCUGGGCACGUCCAACUGGUAGAAGGCACCAGGACACACCCAGAACACUAAAUAUGUGCAGUAAUGUUUCUCCUGCUGGCCCCGCCCAAGGGUUCCCGCUCAGCUCACACACUUGACACUGUGAUGAUGUCACAGAUUUUUAAAUGUACGAAUGUAAAACCUCCAUGGAUCAAGAACUUAUAAGAGAGGCGUAACUGUCCUUGUUGGAGGUGUCCCGUCAACAGUUUUACAGAGGUCUCUUUUGUUACAAUGGCCUGUGGGAAAGAUGCUUCUUGGACCAUAGGGGAUUUGUUUCGCUGCAAUACCGCGAGUGGCCACUUGGAAAUCACCUCAACAAAAUAGCGUACAUACUGUGUUGUCCUAUGACCUCGCUCUGUCAUCUCGGAGUCCACUGCUUUUUUGUUCUGUCUCUAAAGUGCUAACGUCAUGACGGCAACAGAAGUUUAAGUCCAUUUCUGAUUCGCAGUAACAUCAGGAGAAUCUCAACUAGAUCUAAACGCAGAGAAGCUUUGAAAGCAGUGUCCUGUGAAUUUUUCACUCAAGCCGAAACAUUUCAACUCAUGCUAAAAGCACAAAUCUCACAUAAUUCGCGUCUUUGCAUUGACUUUGUAAAAUGCUCGCUUUGCAUUCAGUGUGGACACAAGUGGCUGUCUUUAGUAACUUGAAUAUUUCAUAGUGCGAUUUCUGAAACAAACGUGUGUUAAUAAGUCCUAUUAUCACUCAGUAGGAGUCCCCUUAUUGUGUAAAUUACAUGUUUAUAUGAAACCGUGAAUCUGCAUCACAAAAUCAUCUCCAGACAUCAGUAAAACAACAAAGUAAAUUCACGUCAAUAGUAAACGUACAUCUGCGUCGUUACAUUUAGACAAAGUGUCGUCAGUUCACCUGAAUCAGUAUUUCAGUUUCUGUCGACCUGAUGAUGAUCUGUCUCCGCCUGCUGGAAAGUGUUCGCGUCCAGGUGUUCACAGGAAGUCCUGCUCUACUCUGUUCUGGUUUGAGUCGGCCAUGUUGGAUGUCUAACAUGCCGUUUUUCUCUGUUAUUGUAUUCCCUUUUUUUCCGGGGGAGUUUUGGGGGACGGGGGGUGAAACUUGAAGCCAAAUUAUUAAAAUAAAAAUCAGAUUUAUUUUCCGUUUCUUUUUCGGGGCACAGUAAAGGGGGUCAAAGUGCCUCUGAUGUAACUAACUAACACCACAGUUUGUGUACGUGUGCCGACGAGCGCACAGCAACACACACUUUGUCUAGUGAACACACACAAACACACACAUCAUUUAUGUGACUGUCAGAGGUCUGUCGGUGUUGAGAGUGUGGAGAGAAGCUGAACGUUGGUGACCCACAGUGUCUGUGAAGCUUCUUUAGGGCGGUUAAAAGCUCUAACAGCAGCCAGUAAGUGGACCUUGAGUUUAGUUUGUCAAAUUAUUGUCGUGGCUUCACCCAGAUUUCCAUCAGCUGGGUGAUUUUUUUUAGCCACGUUCAUGGCUGUUAGGAUGCUCAGGACAAACUUUUUUGAGAUUGAUUGUCGUCUCCAGUUCUCAUCUUUCCAACAACGUUACUUCCUGUUGAGUAUCGAGCUCGAACGCCUCACAGAGCUGCAGGAAGAAAAUCAGCUUCUCUCUGACUUGAAACACUCGAGGCCUCUGCUGAGAUGUUUUUAGCAGACAUUAAAUUAUUUUGAGACACGUGUGUGUUUGUGUGUGUGUGUUUGGGGGCUGGUGAGCAGGGGGGGAGUGUGUGUCGGUUCACACUCUGGACUCUUUGUCAUCGUUCGUGUACUCUGUCUCGUCUCCGUGUUUAAAAAAAAAAAUCUAAAUAAAAGUCAACGAACAAAUAUUCCUGAUGUUUAAAGAGAAAAACACUACAGUACAGAGAGAGAAUUGUAAAAUAAAAUGUUAUUGAAUGAUGUGCUACUAGACUUAUUUUGUUAAAAUUGUUUAGAGAUAUGAGAGGGAGCUAUGUAGAGGAUAUGAUGAUGAUGAUGAUGAUGAUGAUGUAAUGAAUAUGCAGAGCGAUGUUUGGAUUAAAGUUGUAGCAAGCUGACCCACCAAA